AUGAAGGAUUUGAAUUCCGAUCUGUUUGACCCUGUUACGGUGAUGGAAUCCGAAUGGGCUCACGGUGGUGGUUCCAAUUCCGAUGCCGAUUUCGGUUUCGCUUUCAAUGAUAGUAAUUUUUCCGAUAGGAUUCUUCGGAUCGAGAUCAUGGCUGACCCUGUUGAUCCUCAGCCGGAUUCGGAAACUUGUACCACCAUCGCCGAUUGGGCCAGGCACCGUAAGAGGAGACGUGAGGAUAUCAAGAAAGAUAACGUUGGAGAUCUGCCGGAUGAGCAAAUUUUGAAUGGGAACCAACCUGAUAUGGAUGAUUGUGUUGCCUCGGAAAAUCAAGAUGAAGAGGUUGUUGCGAUGGUUGAAGAAUCCCCGUCUGGUGAUGAAGCUGUAAAUAGCAAUGAUGAUUUAAACCUGGGCAUGGAUUACGCCGAACCUGCGGUUGUUAGAUUUAAAACCCUACAUAUCAGUUCUCCUAUCUUGGCCGCGAAAAGCCCUUUUUUCUAUAAGCUUUUCUCGAAUGGGAUGAGAGAAUCAGAGCUGAGACAUGUAACCCUCAGAAUUAAUGCCUCUGAAGAAGCUGCACUGAUGGAGCUACUGAAUUUUAUGUAUAGUAAUACCUUGAGCAUUAAGACUGCACCUGGUUUGCUUGAUGUGUUGAUGGCUGCCGACAAAUUUGAAGUUGCUUCAUGUAUGCGAUAUUGUAGCCGGUUGUUGCGUAAUAUUGCCAUGACUCCCGAGUCUGCAUUGCUUUACCUGGAGCUGCCUUCUAGUGUCCUAAUGGCCGAGGCAGUUCAACCAUUGACUGAUGCUGCAAAGCAGUAUCUUGCUAGCCGAUACAAAGAUAUAACCAAGUUCCAGGAAGAGGUUAUGAACUUGCCCCUAGUUGGAGUAGAGGCAAUAUUGUCUAGUGAUGAUCUCCAGGUUGCGUCAGAAGAUGCUGUUUAUGACUUUGUGUUGAAGUGGGCUAGACAACAGUAUAGCAAUCUGGAAGAAAGACGACUAGUCCUAGGUUCACGGCUUGCAAGAUUAAUUCGCUUCCCUUAUAUGACCUGCCGAAAGCUUAAGAAGGUCUUAACUUGUAGUGACUUUGAACAUGAUGUUUCAUCCAAGCUUGUACUUGAGGCCUUAUUUUUCAAGGCAGAGGUUCCACAUCGCCAACGGUCACUGGCAGCAGAAGAGCCUACAUGCUCAAGCCGUCGUUUCUUGGAGAGGGCAUACAAAUAUCGUCCUGUCAAGGUGGUUGAAUUUGAACUUCCUCGCCAGCAGUGUGUGGUGUACUUGGAUCUAAAGCGCGACGAGUGUAACAACUUGUUCCCAUCUGGCCGGGUUUAUUCUCAGGCAUUUCACUUGGGUGGACAAGGGUUUUUUCUAUCAGCACAUUGCAACAUGGAUCAACAAAGCUCUUUCCAUUGUUUUGGACUGUUUUUAGGAAUGCAGGAAAAGGGCUCAGUGAGCUUCACCGUGGACUAUGAAUUUGCGGCGCGGUCAAGACCAACAGAGGAAUUCGUCAGCAAGUACAAAGGCAAUUACACAUUCACUGGUGGCAAGGCCGUUGGCUAUAGAAACUUGUUUGCGAUCCCAUGGACUUCCUUCAUGGCUGAGGAUUGUCUUUACUUCAUCAAUGGCGUUCUACACCUUAGGGCCGAGCUCACCAUCAGACACUGA